AUGACGCACCGCGCCGAUGCCUCCAACACACUCGAUAACCGCGGCUACAGCGGUCCGCUGGUGCGCGGCCAAAAUCCUGCCCUCCUCCUAGAAACGGCCAUGCGCGACCGCAUUACCGACUCUCUCUACUGGAAAGAACAAUGUUUCGGGCUGAACGCGGCCACUUUGUGCGACCGAGCCGUUGAGCUCACCUACAUCGGCGGCACAUAUGGCGUGGCCAUGAAACCUACGCCCUUCAUCUGCCUCGCAUUCAAACUCCUGACCCUCGUCCCCGACCGAGAGAUCGUGCUCGAAUAUCUCCAAAAUGGGGGGGAAGAGUGGAAAUAUCUGAGAGCCCUCGCGGCGUUCUAUGUCCGCUUGACGUUUGAGCCCGCAGACGUAUACAAGACCCUGGAGCCGUUUCUGGAGGAUUCGCGAAAACUACGGCAAAGGAGGAAAGAAUCUUAUGUGUUAAUACACAUGGACGAGUUUGUGGAUAAUCUGCUUACGAAAGAUAGAGUUUGCGGGACAAGUCUGUGGAAAUUGCCCGCGAGGCAGUUGUUGGAGGAUCUGGAACAGCUGGAUGAGAGGGUCAGUCCGAUGCAGGCGGAGCUGGACGCCAUGGAAGAAGAGGAGGAAAAGGGCGAGAGACAAGACGGGGAUGAAGAUAUGGAAGAUGGGGAGAGAAAUGGAACGGCCUCUGAGCAUGGGAGAAGUCCCAGGUCGUUGAGCAGGAGUAGGAGCGGAAGCAGGAGCAGGAGUCGAUCGAUCAGUGAUUGA